GGACUUGACAUGAGUGUCGCCCCAGCCAAUGACAUCGCGUGCUCUGAGAUGACCUCACUGGUGUUGUGUUGAUAAACGUAAGAUGAAAAACUGGAUGUAGAGGCUAUUAAAUUUGUCAAAUUCUCAACAACUUAAGGCGUGUGUUGCUCGAAAUGGCACAUUCCGUCCAUUUGUAAAGGGUUUUCACGAUUCCUUGUCUAUUAUUUCUGGUUUGACCUGUCGCAGACGAGGAACAAGAAAAAGUUGUCAUUCAUCGCGGUGAAGUGUUGUUACUUUGCUCAACUGCUACUGGUUUCCUUUCAAACGUUUUUGCUCAUGGUGAUAUUGCGAGCUUGAUAACACUUCUAGCGGUUCACCUUGGAUGUUGAUACUUUGGUACAUAUAGUAGUCAUCUUGUUCAUUGCGGGAAAGAAACGUAUCCCCUAUUUAAUAGACGUUAGGUUAUGACUUGCUCAUACACUAUGAACUCAACGAAUGCAUCCAGCAAUGCUACCCAUGUCUCAUCUCGCUCCUUCCAUCACUUCCUACAAGAGCCAUUUGGACUCACAAUCGGCCGUCUAAUCAUCGAGGGAAUCAUCUUCUUUAUAGGAGUCGUUGGAAACAUUCUCGUUUGUGUGGUGGUCGUUCGACAACGGCUUACCAAAUCGUUAGCUUAUGUGUUCAUUUUAAACCUAGCUAUCGCGGACCUUGGAAUCUUGUUGUUCAGUUUUCCAUUUGGUCUGAUAAGAACAGAAGGCAUCAGUUGGCCAUUUGGAUGGUUUGGUUGUAAGGUUUUCUACCCGCUAAGCGAUGUUUUCCAUGGCGUCUCUAUAGCGUCAAUCACAGUCAUUGCCAUAUACCGGUAUCGUGGGAUAGUCGCGGGACGCAGCCCCAAUCAAAAUCGUGCGGCCAACUGCGCCAAGGUGAUCAUUUUCUGUUUAUGGGUCUCAUCGUUCCUGCUACUCGUCGUACCUCUAUUCUUCAGCAUGGAGUUUGUCAUCUUUCAAGGCAAGCACUACUGUUACCCAAAGUUUGAAAAGUGGCUAUACUUUGCUAUCUACCAGAUGGAGCUGUUUGUUAUCACAUACAUGCUUCCUAUCUCUAUCAUACUCUUUACGUACGUCAAGAUUCGCGCACGACUGCGUGAAAGUAUCCGACUGCGACAUCAAAUUCGCCGUCAAUCAGGCCUCCUGAACAAAACUGACAAAGACUCCUUCAACGAGAAAAACUUCAAAGCACUACGAAUCCUCACUCCGGUGGUGUUAGUGUUUGUCGUCACGAUGUUGCCGUAUAACAUUUACCGGGUAGUUGAUAUCUUUAUUGAUACCUCGGGAAUCAAAUACAUGUUGAUAUUCUUUAAAAUGUGUGUGUUGGCUUUUGUGUGUAAUAGUUCAGCAAAUCCUGUCAUUUACGCAUUGAUUAGCGAUGAGUUUCGCAAAGCCUUUAAGUGGCAUCUUAGAUACUGCGUGAGCAAACCUUUGAACAAGACCAACAUGUUUUCUUUAGCUGAGAGGUUCACAUCGAUCAAAAAAGCGCACGGGAAGGAACGAAAGAAAAGCGCAACUACUAUGUUGAUGGUUUGAUGAUCUGAACCUACGAGGGCUUCACACUCUGAACAGUAGUCAACCACAUCUGGUAUUUUGAAGUGACUAUCUCAACUUGGCACCAAUAAAAGAACCAUUCAUUAUACUUAACCUUUGAGGCCAAGAAUCCUCAGCAAUUUGCUGAUAAAGAAUAAAAAAUACUUACCGCAUAGAGCAUGAAAUUAAACAGGAGAAAGAUCAAUAAACGAUAUCAUAUUUUGCGUCACUCAGUUCUGACUCAAGACAAAAAAAAAUCGUUUCCAAGUAACCUAAAUAUUACAACAAGUACUAUAUCAGUAGCUGUCAAAUACAACGAAAACCUUUUUUCUUGUUUAAGAUUGAGCUUGUUUCCACUUGAAAAUUCUUACUUCUUUAAGUAUUAAUGCUGUAUCCUUGGGAAAUUCCUUUCAGACGCAGUCUGUGUUCACUCCUAGAUGAGCUAAACGCGCAAAUAAAGAUUGCACCGGACGCUAAAGA